ACGCAGUUGUUACUAAAUAUUCGAUAAGUUCGCUAGUAAAACGAACGCUUUAUUAAAUCAAUUAAAUAAAAUAAAGUCACUUAACAGAAAUUGUUAAAUAAAAACAAAAGAUAACAGUUUAUAGAUAGAUUUAUUUCAAGUGCAGUGUCAACAAAUCUAAAAGCAAAAACUAUGGCGAAAUUGGUACCUUGUGUGAAACUAAGCAAUGGACAAGAAAUGCCGUUGGUUGGAUUGGGCACCUGGCGUUCUUGCCAGAACGAAGCAGAGCAAGCGGUAAAAGAUGCCAUUGAUCUAGGUUAUCGCCACAUUGAUACAGCAUUUGCCUACGACAAUGAACAUGAGGUGGGCAGAGCAAUUAAAGCUAAAAUAGCUGAGGGUAAAAUUAAAAGAGAGGAUAUGUUUGUGGUCACCAAAUUGGCUGGCAUACAUCAUGAUCCACAACUAGUGGAGAAUGCCUGUCGCAAAAGUUUAAGUAAUUUUUCAUUGGAUUAUAUUGAUCUCUAUCUCAUGCAUUUCCCCGUGGGUCUGGUCUAUCAGGGAGAUGAUAAUGUACAUGGUGGCAGCCAAUUAAGCGAUACAGAUUAUUUGGAUACCUGGAAAGCUAUGGAAAAGUUGGUUGACUUAGGUUUGGUUAAGGGGAUUGGUCUAUCUAACUUUAAUGCCGAACAAACGGAACGUGUAUUACAGAAUUGCCGUAUACGACCACUUGUAAAUCAAGUCGAAUGUCAUCCGGCCUUAAAUCAGAAAAAACUUAUUGAAUUUUCUCGUAAAAGACAAAUUGUUAUAACAGCCUAUGCUCCCUUGGCUAGACCAAAGCCUGAUCAGCAGUGGCCAGCAUUUUUAUAUGAUCCGACCUCUCAGGAAUUGGCAAAACGUUAUGGACGUACGCCCGCUCAAAUAUGCCUGCGUUAUUUAAUACAACUGGGUUGUGUUGUUAUACCAAAAUCGUUAAAGAAAUCACGCAUUGCAGAGAAUUUCGAUUGUUUUGAUUUCGAGCUGUCUCCUGAAGAUAUGAAGAUAAUGGAUUGUUAUCACACUGGCAUCAGAUUAAUACCGUAUACCGCUAUGAGUCAUCAUAAAUAUUUUCCAUUUAAUAGUGAAUUUUAAGUGUAGUUUUAGAUAAAUAAAGUAAAGUAAAUAAAGUUAAAAUUAUUUUAUUUUUUUUUAUAUUAAAACUUUUCGGUUUUGGGGAGAAUUUCCUUUCCAGCCCCCUGGAUCCGUACCUGAUCUAUAGAAUAUAUCUAUUAUAUACAGGGAAUUUUUGUUCAUAUUUAUAACUAAAUAAAUGGGCGAGCAAUU